GGCCAUUAAUGCAAACUGUUUCGAAGAGAUGUUCGCCCUGCUCCGCCAUAUCGACGCAGACCACCGCCGAUCGCCACUACUGCGGCCACCGUUCGAUGAUGCAGAUCGAGAGAAAAGGAAAAAGCGGCGGUCGAUCGGCCAAGAAAGACAGAAUACAAAACAACAUCGGUUUGGGAGGCGCACAUUGCGCCCUGGUGCACGGGUUUAAUGAUUGCGAAAUGCGUAUCUGGGCCUGGCAGACGGCAGUGCCACAUAGAUAGAUUUCGGACCAAUCUCCGAAUUGAAGUAUUGAGAUUUGAGAAUGCAAAGUCCGUCUCCUCCGAAGCAGAAUAUUGCACUGAAACACACCCCUGGCCUGCACUCCUAUCACUUCUUCACAUUCCCACUCAUAUCAAGUCUUGAGAAUGGAGGGAGGUGGAUCGGGUGGAGAAGAACCAGCUAAUUUUGAGGAGCUGUACAACAUCAAUUUGAUGGCUUCAGAGUUGAGGUAGGCUUUCGUGUUUGCGUCAAUCUGGACUGGACUGGACUGGAGGAGAUGUAAAUCCAAAUCAUCUACCUGUCUAUCAGAUGCGGCUUCUUGUUCCUCCUUGAAAGACAUUGUGAAGCCAGAGAGCGCAUAUGCAAGGAAACAGAAGAAUGAAAUUGCUCAUAAUAAUUCCUUUGUCAGGAAUUGUAAUUUUAUCAGUAGAGGCAUGUACAAGAAGCCUACCAACUCCAGAAGCUCUCUGGCACUUGCUACAACAAUCUCAGAACAACGAAAACACUGAACCUUUCAAAUCUACUACAUUGUGACCUUGUUUCUUUGUUCCUCCGCAACCACGAAAAUCCAACAAUGUGUCCUCCUUACCACAUUCUGAACAGUUCACUUCAUGGCGGUUUUUCUUCCCUGUCUGAUCUGCAUGGUGUUGCUGCUGCUGACAACUCUUGGCUUAAAGAACUAGAGAAGAUAACCAUAGCUUGAUUUUCUUCGUCACCCUAUGAUAUGAAGUCCAAUAGAUGUUCAAGGAGGUGGGAACCUCAAGAGCUCCAAAUGCUCUUUGCCAUGAUCGUUAAACAGGCCCAAGUUUGUACAUAUACCUCACAUAUAAAUACAGGUAAGAUGUUUGAGAAAAUGUGCCCUUUGAUAUGCAAGGUUAAAAGGUGGCUAAACCAAGUUGUUCUCCUCCUUGCAGGGAAGAGACCUGGUGACUGCUACUGGAAUUUUUUGACCUCUCAGUGUAACAUCCCAAUGCAAGGUGUAACAUCCUGCAUAAUUUGCCAUGGAUUCUAAGCCAAUUAAUGAUCCAAAGCGGGUAUUCAGGAUUUUAUAUAAUGUUGACAGGAAACUUUACUCAAUCCUAGUUUUUGAGAUUGGAUAUGACCCCAGGAAGUCUCUGUGGAUAAUUGUGUUUUGGAAUUGGUUGGAACAAACUGGUUUCAAUGUCACCCAAACAUUUUUGUCCUUGCCCAGGAACUUAAUAAGUGGACUUGCUGAAGAUGCUUUGACAUGCCUUCAAUGCAUCGGCGACACCCAAUUUCUGCUCUCUCCCGCUGCAAGAGAGAUUGUACUUACUCAACGUGUGUUGGGAAAAGGGUUGUCCCUGCAGUACAUCCAUGAAAACCGGGAGCAAGCAAUGUGUGGGGUCGGGAAGAUCUUCAAAGAAAUAUAUGCCAAGGUGUUGACAGAUAUGAUGGCGAUGCCGCCACCUAACAGAAACAGUGAGCAGCAAAGGCAAAACGAGAUGGUGGAUCAAUUUGGACAAUUGGGAGGGCAGUCAUCUGUGGCGAGACCUCAACGCAACGAGGUACCAUUUGAGGACAGGAUGAGGACGAUGUGUGUUGCGUUUUCCAGUGGGUUUCCUGUUUCUGAAUGGGAAAUAAGUGAGUUCAUCACUGGGGCGUUUGGGAACUGCAUUGAGUCCAUCCAAAUGCAGCAGCCCCUAUAUGCACAUGCCCAUGUAGUGUUCUUCUCUCCUGCAACCAUCAACUCCAUUCUUCAAGGCGCACAGGUUGCAAAGUUCACUGUUAAUGGGAAGGACAUGUGGAUGAGCAAAUACCAACACCCACCAUCCUGAUUCCUCACAAACAUAUUGUUCUUUCCAGUUUCCUAGUCUUAUUGUGUGUUGUAGGGCAAAUUAUGGUGCGGACCAUAAAAAAAAUACAUUUUUAAUAUACUAAAAAUACAUUAUUCGUCUACUGAAUAUACAUUAUACAAAAUAAUGUACUUUCAGUACUCAAAUAAUGUACAUUUCUUGAAUACAAUGUACAUUUUUAAUGUACAUAUCUAGUUGUCUAAUUCUUAUCUUAGAAUGAUUU